AUGCCAGGAGCGAGGCACUUACGCGGCACUGUCGCUUCACGGUAAUGUUUUUUGGAUUUUGAAUGUUUUCAGAGGAUAUUUCAAGGGCGAAGUUCUGGGCUUAUGUCUUUUGACUUAACGAUGCACGUGUAUGUUUUGUUAGGCAGCUACAUGCAACUCAGACCACCAUUGCUGCAUGUUCUGUUAAAAAUCUAAGGGUUUCUCGGUGUUAUGUACUUGAAUUAGCAUGGAAACGUGGGAGAACAAAUUUUUGUUUUAUUUUAUAACAAAGAAAGUAGUGCAAAAUUGCACACUACAUGAAAAACAAUAAAAAAUAACACUCUAAUUUUGUUAAGUAAGAAAAGCAUUUUACGAGAGAAAUUAAUUUUUAUUAAGCGCAGGGAGCAAGGAGAAGGCAAGGCUAACUCUGUUUGAACAAUCUGAAUUAUCUAGAAACCUGAAAAAGGUUGCAAACAGAGUUCAUACAGAGUCUUGAAUUCUUGAAAAAGGCUUGAAAUUUGCCCAGCAAUUUUCCCCUCACCCCCCUCACCACCCUCACCCCCCUCACCCCCCUCACCCCCCAAAUCAAUGUUGUCUGAAGUAAAAAAAGACCUGUUGUCUGAGGUAAAAAAAGACUUGAGGGUCCAAAAUUCAACAUCGAUUUUGGGGGGAAGGGGUUGGGGUAGACAGGGCAAGGGGAUAAGUAUAUCCACUACGCAAAAAGGGGCCAUUUUACAGAAUUGUGUCAACACUUUUGUCCCUCAUUGUAGUUUCCCUUUUGGAAAAAAUUAUGGAUAUGAUAGAUAUGAAAAGGUAUACCAAACUUGUCUGAGGUUUGUUUUUAAUGACUGUAAUGAUUUUUGACGUUCCUACAUAACUCUUUAAGCAAAUGAUGUACAUUACAUUUUGUUUUAAAAAGUAUUUCUUUCCCUUCUGAAUACACGUAUGCGUAAUAGGGAUGACAUAUUUAAACCUUUUUAUCUAGUAAAAACAGCCCAUGUGGAGUACACAUUUAAACUACCAGAAAGUAGUGACCCCCUGAAAGUAGCAACCCUCCGAAAGUAGCGAUAGGGAAAGGCUGCUAAGUUCAAAAGUAAUGAGGGUCAUUACUUUUGGAACUUUAUGGUAAAGUCUGGAAAAAUGGUUAAAAGUCUUGAGGUUUUUUUCAAAGUUACAAGUGCUUUAUAAGGGAAAUGUUUCUUCAUUUUGGACUAAUCUAAUUUAACCUCGCCCGCACGUUUGCAGUGCAUCAUGAAGGAAGCUUUGUUCCUGUGUUUUGUUAAGGUCCAUAUUGAUUACCUAUUUGAUAACCUCCAGUCUGGAAAAAGAAAUUGUUGUUUUGGAAAAAAGGUCUGGAAAAUUUCUUGAAUUUUGGAUCCAGUUAUCUGUGUGAACCCAGUGUAGUGUAACAUUGUCAAAUGUAAUACAGAUAAUAAUUAUUGUAAAAGAGACAAAACUAACAUAUUUGUACGAAUGAACUGAUGUAUGCAGAACUUAAAAAUACAACAGUAACAUUGUAUAAAAUUGUACUUAUUUGUAGCUAAUUGGCCACAAAGCCACAAUCUUUCAAUCCCUCUGAAAUCGUUCCAAAGCAUGUCUAGCUCAUCUCACAAGCAAUAAUAUAAUCGACAUAUAAUCAAGGCUGUGGUUUAAAUUCCUCACCCUUAUGCAUGGGGAUCAAAUUCCCCACCCCCUAGAAGACUGAUUAUCAAAUUCCCUUCCCCCAAGAUGGCAAAGGUCUCAAAUGCCUGGGGUAUGCACAGGAUAUGUUGAAGCUUUGAUUUGACUGAUACAAUAGUGCUAUCCACUGGGUAAAUCAUUUCUCCCAAAGUAUGGGGAAGCCAAUACCAUCCACCGGAUAGUGAUUCAGGGCUGUCAUUAAGAGGCGGGGGCCGGGGAUUUCCCCCGGCUACUAUGAACGUCUUCCCCGGCUACUUUCAAAGGAAAAUAAAAGAAAAAUAGAACCGAAAGAAAUUCCUAGCUGUUUGAUUCCCCGCCUUCUUGUUGUAUUUACCCGGCAACUUGAAAUCUUAGUGACAACCCUGGUGAUUUAUCUGGCAAUAUCAACACUGCAUGAACAAACGGACCUAAAGAGAAAUGUUGAGGACAUGAAAUGACCUACUAUUAUGUAGAAAUAAUAGUAGACAUGAUUACAAUAAGAUUCCUUAAAGUAUAUGUAGAUGUCCAAAGCAUUCAAUUGGAGACAAAAAGGUUUUCUAUCCAUGGUCACCACCUGACACCCAACUGAAAAAGUUAAUUUCAAGCCCGUGCCUUUUCCAUUCAACAAAUUGCAGCCUGUUGAGGAAUGUUCAUCAAUGAAAUGUUUUCUGCUCAUUCAACAAAGCUGCAACAUCACCCACCAUUGUUUUAGCAAAACAUUUUGAUCAAUGUUUAACCAUCAUUAUGUAUCUUAUGCUUAAAGGAUAUUCUUCACAAGUAACAUUGGCUAUUUGUUUUUUAAUUUUUAGCGUUCGUAACCUUCUUCGUUCAGGGGCUAUCAAAAAAGCAUGGGAACCAGUAUGGUUUCCAGUUGUGGAAGCUUUCCCCCCGUUACUGGACACCAAAGUAAACAGAAAAGCUGAAGCUGGAAGAAUGCAAAAGAUCAUCUACCCUGAGGAUAAAUUUAGAAAGUAAGGAUUAAUUUCAGCAGAUGUUUUAAAAAGGAAAUGGCACAUUUAGGAGUCAAAAUAAAAUUUAAACAAAUUUUUUUCCUCUGAUGCACAAAGCCUACCAUGUGAGAAGAGGCCCUUCAAUCUUCUAAGGAAAGUCGAGAAGAUCUCCCAACCUUCAAGGAAUAUGUAAGGGCUUGUGCUCACUGGGUACACAAAACCAACCUCCCUGUCAGGAUCAGCAGUCAAGCUAUCAGAAAAAUGUUCAUGUAUUUUCUUGGAUCUACACACAUUACACACAUGACAUUAUAUAUGCUGCGUUUGGAGCAGAUGCAAGGCUGGAAAUCAUACUGAACAGGUGCUAGCUAUGACCAGUUGCAAAAUAGUUGAGGCACUUUGCAUUAAAAUUGUUUUUCCAAAUUUAGUGCAUCACCAAGGAAGAACUCUUGCAAGUGCAAGAGAUUACCCCCUUUCCUCCUUUCAUAGUUGUCCCUGCAAGGGUUGAAUACAGGUAUUUCAUGGAAUCGUUACCACUUUCAAUUGAUAACAGGGGAGGAGGCAGGAAUCAUGUGAAGUCUGUUUUAUCAAAUUUUUUUGGUUUAAUGGUUAGUGUUUCAAGCUUUUUGCCAGUGGUUGACUGGUUGUAACGUAGAACCACAUGAUUUACAUACGAAAGGCGGAAGGACUGCAUUAAAGCAGAGUUAACUUGAGCUAAACUCACCUACAAUAAAAAAUUAUUGUUACAUACUGGUAAAAGUCUUCAAGGGGAUUAAGACAAGAGAGGAUAAAUUUAUCAUCAACCCCAAAUUUGGUGAGAAAAAGUAGUUUUUCUUUUACUAACUCUCUUUUUGCACAUGUAGGUCUUCCCUUUGAUUAACUCUAAUAAAUCUGUUUUUUUUCUUCAUUUUUAUCAGGCAGUUCCAUGAGCAAUUUCAAACCAAUCAGCCAUUGAACCUAUGGAAAGAUACAGCUCCUUCCCAUUGUGACAGGUAACUAGCAAUAAACACAUCCUUUCUGUCAAAAUCCCUGUUCAGACUUGAUGUCUAUUAUGGUGAUCCAUAGAAAGACUCAGAAGUUAGAAAAUAAUAAUAUAUAUAUCUGAUAUCAUUGUGAUAAUAAUUGCAAAAGUAAUAUUUAUCCUGAGAGUGAAUAAGUCUUUAAUAUUGCAUCCGCCACGGUGACUUAACAUGGUGACAGGGAAAGAAACAGGACUAACAUCCAAAUUGUUAACAAACUAUGGCUCAAUAUUAUUGUUAAGCCAAAUUAUUUUUGAAGCUAUAAUAACUGGGUGAAUCCCUGGAGUUGGACAGUGACCUGAAGAUCAUUAUGGAAAGGAUAUUUUUUUGUCAUCCGAAAUAAUAACUACUGUUAGAAAUAUGUGAAUCGCAGAACCUAGAAAGGCAGACAUAAUUGGUGACAAUUAUCUGAGCCCAUCAAGUCCAUCUACUCCUACUGGAAAUUCUCCUUCAGUUUUAAGUUGUAGAAAGAGAACUUGGUGAUGCACCAUCUUGGAUUGUGCUUGGCAGCGUGGCCUCUUAUGGGUGGUCUGAUUUAGCUCAUUUUGAAAUUGGUAGGCUGCGUUAAAACAACAUUUAGCAAAACUGUAUCUCAGCUAGGACAAGUGUAUGAUUCCAAAUUGCAGCUCAAAAUGCUGUAUUUUGCCUUGGGUGGGGGUGGGGGGGAGGAGGGGAGAUGUGGCUACCCAAUAAAUAUUCGGCUUACCCUUUAAAAUUCCUCUUUUGAUCAAAAUGGUAGCCUUUUCUUAUUUAACUUCCAUUGAAAAAUGGUAUCUUUUUUAACAUGCUACUUAAAAACGAUAAAUUGCCAAACCUGGAAGUUUUCUUAUCAUUGUUUUGGUAAUUUAUUAAAAUGAUAUACCUACAAGGUAUGUUUUUUGAAACAUUUUAAAUUAUGUCGCUGUUAAAUACUUUGAAGAAAAAAUGAUAGAUUUUUCGUACCCUUUCAUAUACUUCAACUGGUGAAUUCCCUACCAUUUGAUAUACAUGUACGUAAAGCCUAGAAAAAGGUACAGUGUACCCCUUUCGUGCAUAGCCUUCCUGUAUAUACCAUUAUGGGGUGUGACCCCCUCCGCCUGGGGUAUUUUGUCUUUGGAGGAGAGUUUCAUUAGGAUCAGAUGGACUUUAUUUGUGAUAUGUAAAAAUAUUAAGAACCUUAAGGCUUUUUGGACUGACCUUGUUCUUUCCAUGGAAAAUAAUAAUUAAUCUUGAAAUAGUUAUAGUUUGUUAUUGUUUUCAGUUUUGUAGAGACCUGUAUGCAGCUUGUUUAUCAGGGAAUGAGUGAUGAGGAAGCUGUUGAUAAUGCUAUCAAGACACUUGAAUUUGGAAAG